AGCCUGCGUCAGUCUCUAGCCCGGUGCCGCUCGUGUCGUUCGCGUUUUUUGCCUUUUCCCGUCAAGUGCAUUUCAGUUUGCCGGCGUCAGCUGUGUGUGUUCGCCGACAGUUUCGUGUGCGGAGUAGUUAAUUUUCGAAAUGAAAUCUGUACUGUCGUUUUGCCGCGCCGUCGAUUUAUCGUGAAAGUGAUAACUCUAGAAACAUUAUCGUAGUUAUCAAUGUGCACGGCCGCGUGUAGUGCGUACGAGUGCUUGUUAUGAACGACCGUUAAUACUUUGAUAAGAAUAUUCGCAACAUGUCGGCUCUUCAGUCCUGCGUACCGCCCAAAGGUCGAGUGAAACUCACCGACGUUAACCCCCAUCUGGUAUGCGUCUUAUGCCAUGGAUAUUUUGUAGACGCUACCUCAAUCGUGGAGUGUCUCCAUUCCUUUUGCCGUAGCUGCAUAGUGUUGCACUUGGAUAAGAAAAGCUAUUGUCCGAUAUGUCAGGAACAGAUCCAAAACAGCAAAGCACUCAAGCCCGACAAAGCUUUGCAGGACAUAGUGUACAAGUUGGUGCCUGGACUGUUCCAUUCGGAAAUGAAACGCAGGCAAGAAUUCUAUCAAAAACACCCGCACAGGGAUAUGCACCUACAUCCUGAAGCUCGGGGCGUGACAGUCGAUCGUAUCGUGUACACGGCCGAUGAGACGAUUAGCUUGUCGUUGGAAUAUUAUGAUAAGGAAUGUGAACAAGAAAUUUGGAAAAAUGCAAAUGACAAUGGCGUGCAGUGUGUAAUUGAAAAAGUAGAAAAAUCACAAAGGAGUGUAGUCAGAAAACGAUAUUUGAGAUGCCCCGCUGCCGUGAGAAUGUCACAUUUAAAGAAAUUCAUCCGAAUGAAAUAUAAUCUGAAACCUUCUGACUUGGUGGAAUUACUGUAUAGGCGGGAGAGUUUACCUGAAGAGUACUCAUUAAUGGAUAUUGCAUACAUUUACACUUGGAAUCGGAACGAACCGAUGCGUUUUUUUUAUAAGAUAAAUGCUCAAAUGACGGUUCCAGUGUUUUCUGUAGCAAAUAAAGACCGUAUCAUAACAGAAGCGAAUGAUCGUAAACUUCUUGACAAUAAAAAUACAGUCGCCAGUAUCGAUACUGUCAUAACUACUGCAUUGCCAAUUCCGACACCUGUAGUGCCGACUAUUCCUAUUCCCGCGGUUAAUGAUAACUGUGUUACUGGAGAUACUAAGAAGUCCGUACCUGAGUUAUUGAAGUUGCCGGCAGUAGACGAAUCAAAAUCCACUAAUAAUAGCAAUAAUAUUAGUACUAAAGAGAUGACUUUACCGUUGCCUCCAGUAGUACCACCCAAUCCUCCGAUAUCACCAGAGGGCACAUCCAGGAAGGAAAACGUUUCGGAUAAUAUUCGAAAUAGUUGUGCUAAUGAACUCAAAUCGACAGUAGUAGUUCCAACUGCUGUUCAAGCUAACAAUGUCAACAAAUCAUCAGCAGUACUAAACGACAAGAAGCCGGCAGUCAAUGACGGCACUUCGGAUGUUCCUAUGAAGAAAUUGGAAAAGCUUGUCGAUCAACAACAACAUCUAACUUCUAUUCCUGUACCAAUGGUUUCUUUGGCGAGUACAGUCGCUUCGAAAAGACCGAUCAACGGAGAAUCAAAACUUAAUUUAUCCAUCUCUAAAUUGCUUAUGAAAAACCGUAACGCUGUCGUCACUACAGCAAGUACCGCCUCUCCAAAAUUUAUACCUACUCCACAACAAAUGCAACAAAUUGGCAUGCACACAUCAAUACCGAACAUCCAACCGCAGUCGCCAACACAAUCGCCUCUACCGCAAUCGUCUCAGCCCAACGCUUGCGUACGGCCGGGUUACCCCGGAAUGCAUGCAUUUAAACGAUCCCCAUCGGACACAAUACCUAUUCGUAGUCAGGCACCCACUAAUCGCCCGCCCUUUAUACCGGUGCGUAAAUCGUAUGAAUGGAACAAGGCGAGGAAUAAUAACAAUAAUAAUACUGCAAAACCCGCAGUGUCGUCUCCUCGUGCAGGCAAAGACGUCGCAGUCAAAUCGACUGAAAAACUAUUGGCCCCGAAAAAAUCGCCUUUGCCGAUUACGGAAAAACUUUUGGCGCCCAACAAGACUAUUUUACCAGCGGCCGAGAAAGCAUUGGUACCUAAAAAGUCACCCGUACCAGUUGCUGAAAAAGCCGUCAAUUCCAAAAAUUCAACUGAUGAACUGAAUGCUGCUCAAAGCUUACUACGCGUCAGUCAAGAUAUCAGACUACAACCUACACCUAAACCGCCGACGGUCGACAGUAUACACGAUCGGUUCAACUGCGAAUCUUCGCUACAGAUCACCAAAGUUAGUGAUCCCGGCGAUGCCGCUCAUCAGCCGGCAGCAGUAGUUGCCAAUUUGGGUUCUGACAAAACUAACUGCCCUCCUAGUCUACAAAUAAUGCGUGUACCGCACCAACAAGCGCCCGUUGAAAAAGUCACAUCUUCCAAACCAGUCUCUGAAAGCAAUAACAGUAUCAUCACCCCUCAGCCAACCGGUAAACCGAUCAAUAAAAAACCGGUACCUAGUCUUUACAGUAUGCAACCAGCCAAACGCAAGGAAGAAGGAGUGACCGUGGCACAACCAGAGAACGGUAAGAGGAUGGAAAGGCGAGUGGACACCGAAAACGGUAUACUUAGCGUUUCGCUUUUGACUGAAACAACCAAACAGGACAUGGACGCCAAACGUCGUGAAGUUGUCCAACCGGACGUGUCUAUUAAGCUCAUGACGUUUCCGAAUUCACCUGCCGGGGGGGAACAAGGGACCGCUCCGAAAAAAGCGCCCGAAUUAAAUCCAAUCAAGAGGAAGCAACAACCCACAGCGGAGGAAAGCGUACCGGAACUAGGUAAACGGAAGAGUACGCCGCCUUCUCGACCUAAAGAUGAUAUUCCUCAACUCAUCGAAAUCAACUCGUCUCCGUACGCAAAGCUAUUGCCAGCAGUGACAAAAAAACCUACGACCGGCAACAAAGUUUUGGAUUUGUCAAAGUCUCCUCCUAAUGGUGGUCUCGUUAAACGCAUCAGUCCACCCAAAACGACAUUGGUAAAACGGCCCAGUCCAGAAAACGCAAACGGUCUGAAGCGAGUCAGUCCCGAGGCAGGCGGUGGAUCGCCUAGCAAGAAAAAGAACAUAAACCCUAUUUUACCGUCAGUUUCACAAGCAGUCCCGAUAUCGCCCAGUGCCGCCGCCGCCGCCAUCAAUUCCAACUUGUUGUUUGCGGCCCAACGUCAAGCCGCUGCGUUCUUAUUGAAACAACAUUUCGAUUCGCUCAACAACGGUUUGUUAAAUAGAGGCAAAAACGGAACAGCCGCCUCUGUCGAAUGGCCCCGUGCCAUGUUCAACCCAGCUCUGUUUGCUCGACCACCUCCGACCAACCUAAAUAACUAGACCAUCGGAUUCGAACGGUUGAGUCGAUUUAUCAAUAAUUUUAUCUUAUCGAAACGCAAAAACAUUUUAGUUAAUUAUUUUUAAUAUUUGUUAUUUUACUUAUUUUUUUUUUUGUUAAUGAGUUCAUAACUCGUGUUUGUACAUAAUUAAAACUGGCUGUAUACGAGUACUACGGUGUAGUAUGUAAAUUAUAUUAAUUAUCACGAGCAUUUGACUGUUUAAAAGUGAAAACAUAUUAAUUUAUGAAUGCGUAUGUACAUAUUAUAGUUGUAUUAAGCUCUUAAAACUGCAUGUAUUAUGUACUUUUCAAUGUGUAUGUAAUGUAAGUCUCAUAUGAUAAGCGCACUGCUGUUGUACAUAAAACAAAAAAAUUAUUUUUGUAACUAGAAAAAUAAACGUCUAUUAUAUAAAAGAAUAA